UUGAAAAGAAACCUUUGAAGCACAUAAAUGGCUGAACAACUGUUGAUAACGUCACCAGGCAAAAUUACAUCGCACCUCACAUUAUCCCUACUGACUGUGGCUUUCCUCACCUCAUUUGGUAGCUCUAUGCUGUAUGGCUAUAAUCUGGCUGUGGUGAACUCUCCUGCAGAGUACAUUAGGAACUUUUAUAACUGUACUGUUGUGAAUCGAAAUGGGACUGGGCUGAAUGGAGAUCAGCUGAUGCUUAUGUACUCAUUCACCGUGUCUGUCUUCGCCAUUGGAGGCCUGAUCGGCUCCUUGAUGGUGGGCAUGCUCGUCACCAGAUUUGGAAGGAAAGGGACUGUGGUCAACUCCACUGUGCUGGUCUUCAUAGCAGGCUCCCUAAUGGGCUUCAGCAGAAUCUGUCACUCACCCGAAAUGGUUAUUUUGGGUCGCUUCAUCACAGGAAUACAUUCAGGGAUCUCUUUGAGUGUGGUGCCCAUGUACCUGGGGGAAAUUGCGCCUAAAAUCCUGAGAGGCUUUCUAGGCCUCAUGCCCAGCAUAUUUAUCUGCAUUGGGGUCUUCUCUGCUCAGCUCCUGGGUCUGCAUGAACUACUUGGGAAGGAGGAAUACUGGCCCCUAUUCCUCUCCCUUGUGGUUAUCCCAACAUUUGUCCAGCUGAUGCUGUUGCCAUGGUUUCCAGAAAGUCCUCGUUAUUUGUUGAUUGAAAAGCACAACAUCCAUGCCACUAUCACAGCUCUGAAGUGGUACAGGGCCAGAUGUAAUAUUCAGGAUGAGAUUGAGGAAAUGCAGGAAGAGCAGCGCUCCCUGUUCUCUCUCAAAACUGUGUCUGUGUGGCAGCUGCUGCUGGACCCUAAAGUCCGCUGGCAGGUCCUCUCUGUGGUCGUCAUUAACAUCGGGAUGCAGCUGUCUGGUAUAGAUGCAAUCUGGUUCUACACUAAUGACAUUUUCAAGAAUGCUGGGAUACCAACCCCUGAGAUCCCAUACACCACUGUAGGAACAGGAGUCAUAGAGAUCAUCGCAGGCCUCCUAGGGUGUUUCACAAUUGAGCGGCUCGGAAGAAGGCCGCUGAUAAUUGGAGGUUUUGGGGUCAUGGGCAUCUGUUGUGCUGGGAUAACCUUUUCACUUGCACUACAGACACACGUGCAUUUCAUGAAGUAUGUGAGUGUAGGCUGUGUGGUUGGCAUCAUUGCUGGGUUCUGUAUAGGACCAGCUGGUGUCCCGUUCCUGAUCACAGCAGAACUGUUUACACAGUCCCACCGUCCUGCUGCUUAUAUUGUGGGAGGCUCUCUAAACUGGAUGUCCAAUUUCACUAUUGGUUUCAUCUUCCUUUUCUUACAGAAGUUGGCAGGACCCUACUGCUACCUGGUGUUCAGCAGUGUGUGCUUGCUAGUAGCUGUCUAUGUGUUCUUCGUCAUUCCUGAAACAAAGAAUAAGACGUUUAUGGAGAUCAGUCAGAUGUUCGCCACUAAAGAGGCGGUGGUAGAGAGCCAGGGCCUCAGUGAGCCAGAUCAGCUUAAACUGAAGAAGAUGAAUGGUUAUGGAACGCUAGAAAAUGGCUCACUCGAAUUUGACAGCUCCUCCUCUGGUCCCUGAGAGCAGAGAGGAGAGUACACUUAAUCAAACAGUCUUCAAACAUGGUUUCACGCUUGUAAACUGGUAAUUAUUAAUAACAGUUUGAGAUGGGAUGAAGUUUAAUAUUAGAGUCAAUGCCAUGGUUAUAGUUACAGUGUAUAUUAUAGCUUUACGAACAGCACGAUCUACAUACAUAUGUUAUCUCACGA